AUGAAGCUUCUAACAGUCCUCCUGUCGUUCCUUGUCUGGGUCACCAGUACAUUGGCUAUCGGUCAGCCUGCCAGCCUUACGUUUUCAGAGAUCGAAGGGGGGUUGAAAUUAGCAGCAACUGGAUCUGCACCUACGAUUGUUAUUGAUGGGAAAGAUUGGGCUGGAGUUACCCGUGCUGGCAAUGACCUUGCCAAUGACUUUGGAUUAGUGACUGGAACCAAAGGGAAAGUCGCAACCGGAACAAGCGGACUCUCCGACACUCCUGCAAUCAUCGCAGGUACACUUGGAAAAUCGCCUCUCAUCGACGGUCUAGUCUCGGCAGGAAAGCUUGAUGUUUCAAGAAUCAAGGGGAAAUGGGAAUCUUUCACAUCCCAGCUCAUCUCCAAUCCCGCUGAGGGCAUAUCAUCAGCAUUAGUCCUUGCAGGUAGUGACAAGAGAGGCACUAUCUACGCGCUCUACGACAUCUCCGAGCAAAUUGGUGUCUCGCCGUGGUAUUGGUGGGCUGAUGUGCCUCCAAAGAAGAAAACCGCCAUCUAUGCACUAAACACCAAGAAGGUUCAAGGGCCACCGUCGGUCAAGUAUCGUGGGAUUUUCUUGAACGAUGAACAGCCGGCGCUCACAAAUUGGGUCAAGGCAAACUAUGGAAAAUAUGACUCCAGGUUCCAUGCCAAGGUCUUCGAACUUCUCCUUCGUCUUCGAGCCAACUACUUUUGGCCUACAAUGUGGGAUUCUAGAUUUUACGUCGAUGAUGCCAAAAAUGGACCUCUAGCUGACGAGUUUGGCGUGGUUAUGGGCACGAGUCAUACGGAGCCAAUGGCAAGGGCGGAUAAAGAAAAGGUGAAGCCAUGGGACUGGAAGAGCAACGAGAGCAAUUUGAAGAAGUAUAUGCAGGAUGGCGUUGCGCGAGCGAAGAAUUGGGAGACCUUAUGGACAAUGGGCAUGAGAGGGGACGGCGACACCUCUUCACCAACGCUCGAUUCGAAGAAUCUAGUGUCAGUGAUUGAGUAUCAGCAGUCAAUUUUGAAGAGUGGAUUAGGCGUCUCGGACUUGGCUGGAGUGCCACAGAUGUGGUGCGUUUAUAAGGAAGUUGGUGGUUACUAUCAAGCCGGCAUGAAAAUCCCGGACGAUGUCACCAUUCUCUGGAGCGAUGAUAACAGUGGCAACAUUCAACGCCUUCCCAUCCCAAGCGAAGUGAAUCGGAGUGGUGGUGCAGGAGUAUACUACCACUUCGACUAUGUCGGCGAUCCAAGGAACUACAAGUGGAUCAACUCAAUCCAGCUUUCGAAAACGUGGCAGCAGAUGCAUCUUGCAUACCACAAAAACGCCUCGCAAAUUUGGAUCGUAAAUGUUGGUGAUCUUAAACCAUUGGAAAUUCCAAUCUCUCACUUCCUAGACAUGGCGUACGAUAUGUCCAAAUUCUCCUCUCCCGAUUCCACAGAUACCUGGCUCCAGGCCUGGGCGACGCGUGAAUUCGGCGAUGAAGCCGCCUCCAACACCGCCUACGCCAUGUCCACCUACGGCAAACUCAUCAUCCGUCGAAAGUACGAACUCCUCAACCAGUCUCCAUUCAUGCUCUCCACAACCAACUACGACGAAGCAGAGCUCGUGCUCCAUGAAUGGGAAUCCCUUCUCACCAAAGCGCAAGCCGUCUAUGAUUCCCUUGACGCCGCGACACAGAUUGCUUUUUUCGAGAUGGUGUUGCAUCCGAUUCUCGCCGGGGGGAUUGUUCAGCGCGUUUAUAUAAACGCAGCGAGAAAUAAGGCGUAUUCGGCGCAGAAGAGGAUGAGCGCGAAUACGCUGGCAGACGAUGUCAAGGCGGCAUAUGCCCAGGAUGGAGUGGUGCAGAAGAGGUAUCAUGGGUUGUUGAGUGGGAAGUGGAAUCACAUGAUGGAUCAGCUGCAUUUUGGCUAUAGCAAUUGGCAAGACCCCUCAUCCAACUCCAUGCCCUCCGUCCAAACUAUCAGCACAACCGCACCCUCUACCGGCCUCCUCGGCGUCUCUGUCCAAGGCAGCACGGCAUCCACACCCGGUGACCCUGCACCCUCCCUCCUCCCACUCUCCCCUUACACCCCCGAAAACCGCACCAUCGACCUCUACGCCCGUGGCUCCGGGUCCGUAGACUUUACUAUCAAAGCCAGCACCGCCUAUAUCAGAAUCACGCCCGCCUCAGGGACCCUUAGUUACCCGUCCGGUACGUCCGAUAUCCGCGCUACGAUAUCCGUGGACUGGACUGCUGCGCCGACGGGAAGUAGUACGGUAGUGAUCACAAUUACGCCGAAAUCAGGCACAGAGGUGAAACUUAAUCUUCCGAUUAGUAAUGUCGCGGUUCCGGACGGGUUUAAGGGGUAUGUGGAAUCCAACGGCGCCGUAGCGAUGGAGAUGUCGGGGUAUAGUUCGGUCGUUCCUGGUUCUAGCGGUGCGACGCUGGGUCUGAUUCCAAACUACGGACGCACGGAAUCGGGACUAACGUUGUUGCCUGUGGAGGCGGGGACACAGACAACGGCUUCGGGGCCGAAAGCUGUGUUUAACUUCCACGCCUUCACAUCUACGACUUCCGCGAAAGUCACCGUGUACUUGCCCCCUAGUUUCAACGUCAACCCAUCCAAUCCCUUCAAACUCGCCCUCGCCCUCGAUGAUGCAACACCCACAACGCUAAGCCCCGUACCGAGUAGCACGUUAGGCGCGAUGCCGAGCGACUGGCGCGAUAGCGUUGUUAAUGGUGCCAGAGUGGUGAGCACGAGUGUCGGGAAGGUGGAUGCUGGGAGUCAUAAGUUAAGUGUUUGGCUGCUGGAGCCAGGGGCCACGGUGCAUAGGUUAGUUGUAGAUCUCGGGGGCGUGAAGGCCAGUUAUCUUGGGCCACCGGAGAGUGUGAGGGUUGGAGCUGGGGGCAAGGGACUGAUAGGUUAG